AUUGCUCAACUUCUACAAUAACUCUCAUUAAAAGCUGCAAAUGCAUGCUAAUGAUAAUAUCAUGAAAUAGUUAAAGAGAUAAGAUAGAGAUAAGAGUGAAAUAGAGGGAGAUGAGAGAAAAAAAGGAAAUGCUAGUGGUUUGAAACCCUCCCCACAUCUUGAGCGACGACAGCAGAAAGAGGAAGUGUCCGAUGGAGAGAAACGCUGCAGUAUUCAUCGAGUUUCGAGCUCCAUUCAGCAUGUGGACCUUUCUCCUCAUUCUCCUCGUGUUCGACUUGUUUCCAGCUGGAAUCAGUGAUGUACCCACUGUAAUUGGAUACAGAGGACGUUCAGUUGAGAUCAGAUGUCCCUAUGAUUCUGGAUAUGAGACCUACAUGAAGUAUCUCUGUAGAGGAGAAUGUUCUACUUUUGGAAAUAAAGACAUCCCUGUUGAAUCUGGAUCUACAGCUAAAGAUCAGAGAUUCUCUCUGAAAGACGAUACAGCAGCCGGAGUCUUCACCGUCACCAUCACUGACCUGAGACCAGAGGAUGCAGGACAAUACUGGUGUGGGAUAAAGAGAUCUUUACCACUAACUGAUGUUUACAAAGAGAUUAUGUUGCUGGUUAAAAAUGGUUAG